AUGAAACCUCUCAAGAGAUUUGUGAAAAAUCUCAAAGUUUUUGGCGCAAGCUCGGUUGUUGACACGAGUCUGUGGCUGAGCUCAAAAGUGGAUCGGCUAGAAAUCAAGCGUGGUCACGAUUUUCGUUAUCAAGUGACGACAAAUUCAACACAAUGGGCGAGACGAGUUCCCUUACAAAGACAUCGAGGGAUUCAAGUGAUUGAUGCUUGCCUUGAAUUGGAAGAAACAGCUAAAUGUUUCAAUUGGAAUGAUAAGAAGGGAAAUGUUUUCACUGAUACAUCGAGAUCUCGAUUUUACCCAAACGGAACUCUUAUCAUUUAUCAAGUUGUCGAAGAAGACACGGGAACAUAUUGGAUUCCCGGAAAAACUGAGUUCCAGACGAUAGGCGAAGAUGGAAAAGCGAUGGGUUGGCAUAAUGGUUUCGAGUUGGUUGUUUGG